UGUUCAGUUCAGUGUGGAAGACAAACACAGAGAGAGAGCUUAGUCUGAUUUCUUGACAAACUUCUCCAGAACCUGAGGCAAGUUUCCAAGUUUCACCAGGUUUGACCUGUCAGGGCAUGUGGCCAAAUCAAGGACCUCCCCCUCUAGUGGGACCACCAAACCCUGCCUACCCUCCCGGUUACAACCCUGCAUAUCCUGCUGUACCUCCUCCAGGAGUCUUCCCUCAGCCUCCAAAUCUAGCGUACCCACCUGGCUGUUACUCAGCUGGUAUGAGCCCAGCUAUGGUACCGAAUGCACCUCCUGGGGUGAUGCCUUAUGGAGCUCCAGGACCUCAUCGUUACCCUAUGGCUCCAGGUGGAUAUCCAAUGAUCCCUCCUGGAGGCUUUCACCCAAAACCCACAUACCAACAUUCUCCAAAAUGGGGUCACCAUCACGGCCACUACAAAUAUCAUCAUCAUGGAGGGAUGAAUCCCAUGUCUGGGGCGUUAGCCGGAGGAUUGACAGCAAUGGUUAUGGGAACGGUUGGACACAAAGCCCACAAAAAGAUGAAGAAGAAGAUGAAGAAAGCACAUAAGUGGCACAAUGGGUACUACAAACAUGGCAAGUACUCCAGCAGCAGCAGCAGCAGCAGCAGCAGCAGUAGCAGUGACUCAGACUGAAACCAACUGUUGAAGACAUGGCUUUCACACAAAUACUGCUUCACAAGAGAGCAGCCUUAAUAUAAAUCAGAAACACGUGUCAUUUUUGUCAUUUUUUAACAGGAUUUAUUUAAAAAUACAGUAUUUGAUCAUAUAUCCUAUGGGCUGUUUUUAACACUUGAAUGUAUUUAAAAUUUCUUACUUAUUUAUUUUUAUGGUGUUUCAGAUCAAACUUUAUGUAGUUAUGAUUUCUGUUAAACAGUAAAAACGCAUACACUAGUGUGCAAACAUUGAAAAAUUCUGAAGAGGGAAUUAAGCAAUGUGCCCACAACUUUCUUAAUAGAAAGAUUAAUCCUUGGAUUUUAAAAAAAUCUAACAUUGUGAUUUAUUAAAAGUAGAAAAAUGUAAAUGAGUUUAAAUAUUACAAUUGAAUCUAGAGGUGGAUGUGAUACAUCUAUUGCGUGUCUUUAUUUAGGCCCACUGAUUUUGUUUUUCUUCUAAUUUCAUUGCAGAAAAAUUGGCCUGUCCAAACAGAAAAAUCACACGUGGAGCUAAUACUGUUAAUUAGGGCUCUGUGAUAUCUAAAUUCUGUAGUAAGCCACACCAGUAAGCUAGCAUGCACUUAAGAAAAGCACAGGUGUGAAUAAUAAAAUUAAUGAGGCUAAAUUCCAUUUAGCUGCCUCAGUGUCAGGGUCCUGGUAUUGUCCAUGCUAGCUCACUGUCACUCUGUCAUGGUUCACUUAGACACGUCAAAAGAACAGUCAGUCGUUAAUGUUAUUAGUUACACCUAUACUUCUCCUACUAUGAUAAGUCAAACUGUGCUGUCAAAAAGGCCUUUACUAAACUUACUUGCCUGACUCGUAAAUUGAAUGUAGCCAUCAUCAUUGUUAUUAAUUGCAGCAGUGCUUUUCCUAUCAUGAAAUGUCUAAAUGUCUGUAUUGGUACUUUUAUUAAAAGCUUGAAUUAUCA